AUGAAAAAUAUUCACAUAUUUGGGAAGUCCGUUAUUUGGGAAUGUAUCAAAUGUCAAAAGCGUACGUUCAUCCAUCGAUGGAGCAAAUUUAUAAGAUGGCAGGAAUUGGUGGCGGAAGAGGUGGAAGAGAAGAAAGUUGAAAAUUCUAUCAAGAAUUAUAUCAAACUAGCAGGAGGUGCAUAUAUUUCUCCUGAACGCGUCGAAGAUGCUCUGCCGAGAAAACAACCGGAGGAUGUACCAAAUGAUAUCGAAUUUAAUACAUUUUAUACUCAAUUGAGAUAUGUCGACCAUAGUUUGGAUAAUUUACGUCGCUUUAAACGUUAUCAACAUUUCCAACAUCUCCAGUAUGAUCAAAGGUUUAUUCCGGAACGUUUAUUAUUUCUUGGUCCAGAUUUAGCCGCAGCUCAUUUUUUGGUACAUCGCGGAGCAGCCGUGAAGUUUGUUGGCGAUAAUAUAUGGAUUAAAAAGGAUGACAAGGGAAAUUAUGCAUUACCAGGACAAAAAAUUCCCGGUUUAUACAUUGAAGCAAUUGAUGCAAGUGAUACAGAGUUGAUGUUCGAAGGUUUAGAAAAUCUGGCUAACUUAAGCCAUUUACGAUUGCUAAGACUUGCUGGUUGUUGUUAUGCGGACGAUUGGAUGAUGUCACGGAUUGGUGCAUUGUUCUCUGAGUCACUUGAAAUGCUGGAUCUCAGUGAUUGUAAUCGAAUCACAACCAAAGGUUUGGCUGGCCUACGGACGCUCAAGAAAUUGCGCUAUCUUCGAUUGGAAGGGAUGGAUCAUAUCAAGGAUAUUGCAAAAGCGGCUUUAUUAUUAGAAGAAUCAAUUCCGAAUUUGAGAGUAUUUGGGGUCAAUUAUGAAAAUGCUAUGCAAUCAUUGCAGAGAGAAAUGAAACUUCUGGCAAACGAAAGGGUUGUUACUGAUGCGAAAGGUAAUGCAUAUGUUGAGGAUGAUGAUGGACGAUUAUUUUAUGUCGCUGGCCGAGUAAACGAACGACCUGCUGUCACGGAUGAUGAUAAACCAUUGAUGACAAGCACAAUUCGACGUGAACUUCCGGAAAUGGAAAUUGCUGAAUUUGAGCGAUUGGAUGAACUUUCGGGUGGUAAAUUACGACAUUUAUUGGUGGGUUCACCUAGUGGAUAUUCGUGGACACAAGAGGUGGAAACGAUUCUGAGUUUUGAAGAAAAAUGGAAGAAAAAGUAUGGUAUUCCGGUAGAUCAGAAACUUUUACCGAAAUCAAAGCGAACUUUACAGCUGGAAGAUUCGGUGAAACUAACCAAUAAUUCAUUAUCUGAUAAACAGGAAGAAUAUAUAUUAAUAGAAGAUAAGGUGAUGAAGGAAAAAGUUAGUGUGUGA